UUUCUUGAAGAAACAGUGGAAACACUCCUAGUGGCGGCGCGCCGCCAGAAUAUAGUGUUGCGGUUUUUCUCGUACGGAAAUGUGAAAAUUUUCGUACUACAACAAGAAAAUCAAAGGCGAUUAGCGUGUGCCGUUGGUCGAUGGUAAAAGGGAUCAGAAGGCCUGCCAGUUACGACAUGGCGGGUUUUCGAGAAGAGGAUAAAGCACUCUUCCCGAUCCAGAGCAUCUCUUCGAUCGUUCAGAUCUUCCAAAAUCAACUGGAAAAUAACUCGGAGCCGGACCUCGCGCUACUUUCGAUUCUCGUCGGAGCUGUUGAGAAUUCCCUAACCUGUAACCGGACAUUUACGUCGCAGGAAAGCACUGUUUACGACGAGCCUAAAUUGCCGGCCGUCGAGUAUCAUAUAGCCGAAGCAUUAUAUACUAAAUUCCACGCUGUUAUUAAAGGAGCUGUCGAUCUCACGGUUUACGACACUAAAUACGCUACGCGUGAGCUUAUCAAAAAAGUCUCCGAUGUUAUAUGGAACUCACUAACGAGAAGCUAUUACAAGGAUCGAGCUCAUCUACAGAGCCUCUACAGUUAUCUUACCGCAAAUAAAUUGGAUUGUUUUGGAGUUGCUUAUGCAGUAGUCGCUGGUUGUCAAGUGUUAGGGUUUAAAGAUGUGCAUCUUGCUAUGUCAGAGGACCACGCAUGGGUCGUAUACGGAGAGCAUGGUUCUGAAACUGCAGAGGUUACAUGGCACGGGAAGGGAAAUGAGGAUAAACGUGGGCAACCCGUUGAACCUGGUGUAGCUUCUCGAUCGUGGUUGUAUGUAAAUGGUCAGGCAGUUGUAUGUUCUCGUGCUAUGGAAGUUGCCACAAUAGUAUCUGCUAUAAAUCCUAGUCUGAGCGCGACAGCAGAUGCGGCCGAAGUAGCGUUACUUCAACAAGAAUUACUAUGGUUACUCUAUGAUUUGGGUCAUCUUGCCAAAUAUCCUAUGGCGCUUGGUAAUUUGGGUGAUUUAGAAGAAGCUGCGCCAACACCAGGAAGACCUCCUGCAAUAGAUUUGUUUCAGGAAGCCGUAAGAUGUGCAAGGAAGUAUUAUGGAAAUGCGCACGUUUAUCCAUAUACUUAUCAAGGUGGAUAUCUUUAUAGACAUGGAUUACAUGCUAAUGCUUUAGCGUCUUGGUCAGAUGCUGCAGAUGUAUUGAGAAAAUACGAUUAUUCGCGGGAUGAUGGAGAAAUAUAUAAGGAAUUAUUGGAAAUUGCUAAUGAAUUAAUACCGCACACGGUAAGGGCCGACGAACGACUGUUACGACAGCCACGGUGCUUCGUGUAUCUUCUAAGAUUUUACGACAGUAUUUGUCAAUGGGAAGAAGGGGCAAAUACUCCUGUUCUGCACAUAGGUUGGGCACGACCGUUAGUGAAUACAAUCUCUAAAUUCGAUGCUUCGAUCCGUGCUCAGGUUGUCAUCGAAUGUUACGAUAUGGAGACGAAGCAAGAGGAAGAAAAGAUGCAAAAGAGAGAAACGAGUCCCGAGGAGACUCUUAACAAUAAUAAUAAUAAUUAUUGUAAAACGAAGGAAAGAGGCAAUGCCGCACGCGAUUUAAUCAAAAGUUUGGAGUCUAAAGUACCGGCUAAUCCAGCACCGAUGCAUCCCAGUAUUCAAGCGUUAACAGCUGCCUGCAGUGAAAAAAUCCUCAACAGGGAUUAUUUGCUACAAGGUGGUGGUGAGCCAUUUGUCGCUCCUCCUGAGGACACCUUACCUCCAGCACCAUCAACUUCCCAGGAAAGUCUAGAUCCCGAGGAGGAGGUCGAUUCUGAAAAUGAAAGGCCAAGAAUAACUUUGUACAGUCAAAAAAUGAAGGGUCUGAAGGAUCUCCUCCUAGCUGAGAAAUUAAACACGCAUGCUAUUUCGUUGCAAUUAACCGCACAAAGUCAGGUACAAAUAGGUAAGAAGUCACGCGGUAGCGACGAGGUAGGAGUCAAUCAGCGUCCGAAGAGGACGCGACGCGAAUAGUAUAAAAUCUUUGACCACCGUUUUGGUCUAGUUAAGUAUUGAAACAUGUUAACCCGUUCUAUAUCUCGUCUUUUACGAACGACGAGGAGUAACGGGAAACGUGAUUAAAGAUACACAACGGUGGUCUGUACUUGCCGUCGAAAUGAAAGAAAAGAAAGAAAGAUAGAAAGAAAGAAAAAAAAAAAAAGAAACACAAAUCAGAAGGAAAAAAGGAAAAGUCUUCGCUCUUAUAGUUUCCUUGUGUUUUUUCGAAGUGAAUUCUCUGAGUUGAUUAUUUUUCGAAAGAGAAAAAUCGUGAUGAAUUUCGUGCUGCUUGAUUUUACAUUCUCUCAUUUAAAGCCGAGUUGAUGAGAACUUUGUCGUUUUAGAGAUAGGUAUAGUAGAUAUGAACAAAAUUUAUAGAAAAGUACAAAAAAGUUCUCCCCCAUCCCACCCUCUUAUUUAAGUUAAAUACCGAUAAUUGCGAGUACUUGAGUUUUCGUGUCUUCGUGAAAAGAAAAGAAAGAGAUAAAAAUGAAGGUAUUUUACACGCCUUAGACGUGUGUAUUCUUUCAUUCUUCCACGGUGUUAAAAAAAAAAAAAAAAAGAAAAAAGAAAAAAAAACAAACAAACAACAAAAAGAAGAAAAAAGAAGAUAUCUUUCCUUAUCGUACGUUGGAGAAAAAAAAUGAAUCGAAUAUCGUACCUAAUUCUAUUAUUAUAGGACACUCAGAUUUUUUCCUUCAGUACGAUUAUUUAUUCUAUUAACGACAUAAUAACGAUUUAUCGAGGCGCGAAUCGAUCGAUAUUCGGUAUUCGUCGUUUUUCACAUGUCUAACUUUCUUGUUGCACUAUUAUUUAUUGAUUCACGUUUUUUCUAUUGAAGCUAUUGCACUAUGAAUGAUUACAAUUGACAAGUUGUCGUUAAUGUUUUUUAAAUAGUAGUUGAAACUUUUGUUAGAAUUACGCUUCUAUGGUCUAGUAAGAAAAACCACACAUUCCACUCUGUACGUGGUGCAAACUAAUUAAGUUUUACCUAAGGUAUUUUAAGCAUAAAAUGUUCGCUUAUUUUUAUAACUAUUUAUUUUCAGAAGUAAUUAUAAGUACCUAUUCGUAGUACUCUGUUUAGUUAUUUCUCGGUAGGAUAGGAAGAACAUAGACACAGUGCGCUAUUCUAUGAUUUGACGUUCGAUUAUUCGUCGUGUCAUGUGAUGAAAUAUCUUUUAAUUACAGACGAACUUAAAGAAAACUUGCGACAGAAUUUACAAACGAUGAUUGUUGAAUGAUAUUUUUUCUUUUUAAAAUCUUCAUUCUUCGUUGCGUUCUACGAAUGUCAUGUAUACAUACACUCGUUGUCGCAAGUCAAAUUAUAUUUUCCGGUAGCUUCUCGCAGCUGACAAUUUUUAUUAUUUUAACAUUUUAUUUUUCAUCUUUUUUAUAUUAACAAUAAUAAUAAUAAUUAUUAUAAUUAUAAUUAUAUAUUAUAUAAUAAUAAUUAUUAUUAUUAUAAUUAUUAUUACUAUUAUUAUUAUUUUUUUUUUAUAUCUAUUGACAUUGAUUUUUCCGUAAUGCUAACGUUUCGCGUUUCUACGUUUCUUUUUUUUUUUAACGCGCAAUACAAUGGUCAUAAAGGUAUGACCUGAAUCAUUUUAUCGAACACAGUACCUUCCUAACAGUACUAUAUUAUUAGUUACUCCUAUCCUAAUUACCUCGAAUCUUGAUGGAUAUUGCGGAUAUCCAAGUACGUAAAUCGCAUCGACUUUGAUGUUAAGAAAAAGAAAAGGAAGAAAGAAAGAAAAAAAAAGAUGCAGAAAUGAAUAAGAAUUAUUCGACAAUGUUUAGACGGGUUGUUGUAGAGUACGUUGUUGACAGGAUGAAUAUAAAUAGUCCGAGCAGAUCGACGAUCACUUAAUAAUGAAAGGCGCUAUCUUACUGUGAUGCUGAAUAUAUACUAUAUAUAAAUAUAUAUAUAAAUAUAAAUAUAUAUAUAUAUAAUUAUACAAUUAAUAAUCAUAAUAACUAACAAGCAGCCUGACAAUUGCAGAAUUUGUUCUCCCUCGUCGAGAAAAAGAAAUUCUCUUUGCGUCGCGCUGAUCUAUUAAAACGAGAUAAGAAAAAAAAGCAACAAGCUAAUAAUUAAUGAAAUAAUUAGAAACGAUUACAUAAUGUAAUUAUUACGAAAAUGAUGAGAUAUCUAUAUUCGACGUGAUAUCAAUUAUAUCGGCCGUCGAUUAUCUGCCGUGCUUGCUGCAGUUAAAAUCGAUUUUUUCGGAAACAUAUAUAUAUAUAUAAUAUGUGCGUAUUUUUUUAUAUAUAUCUCUCUUUUAUUAUUUUUUCUUUUCACAAUGGAACGUAUUACAUAUACGUAUAUAUGUAUAUAUUUAUUAUUCUCGCCGCAUAAUUCAUGAUCUUUUUUUAGCAGGCGAGGCACGUCAGAAUCAGCGGCAUGUUUUUCUCUGACAUUGUAUCGACGCAUUUCUCUUAGCGUUUAUCGAAAGUUAACGGAAAUAAAACAGAAUAAAAAAAAUAAUAAAAAAGAAAAAAAAUAAGAAAAAUCGCCAUGGAGAGUAACGUGCGCGUUACGAUUUAAAAAGAAAAAAUUUAUAUGUUAGUUAUCGCACGCUCGUAUAUGUAUAUGAAUAUGUUAUGUAUGUAUAUGCGUGUACGAGGGAGUGAUCGCUUUUUCUUUCAAUUUCUUUUUGUUGUGUGUGUGCGUGCGUGUGUGUGUAUGUAUGUAUGUAUGUAUGUGUGUGUGUGCGUGCGUGCGCGCAUGAUGUGUGAUCUAUUUGGCCGAUGCAAGUUUGAAUUUUUCACUUUAUUUGUCAGCAAUUGAAGAAAAACGAAACAAAAAGAAAAGAAAAGGAUAUUGUUCGUUUUAUCUCGAAACUAUCGAUGAAUUGUAUUUUUUAUAAAUCGCGUAAAAUUCGUUUCAUCGUAGAAUCUCUUUCAUCGAAAAUAAAAAAAUGAGGGAAAAGGAGAAGAAAAAUGAUGAAAAAAAACGAGAUGAAAAAGAAGAAGAAGAGAGAUAUGAUAAACGAAUUGUAAAUCUUCUCUGCGCCGUUUGCUAAUAAUGCGUAUGCGUAUCCAGUAUUUUUUAUUUUUAUUUUUUUUUCUCUCGAUGAUAUAAAAGGAGCGGUUUUAAAGACUACAGGGAUUAUUAUGCAUAAUUAUAGGAAUAGUAAGAGAAGAAUUAUGGUGCAACAGAACAGUAUUUUUAUAUUAGCGGGGGCGCGGAAUUGUCCUCUUCUCAUCUUAUUAUUGGUAAUAUUUGAACGUAGAGUCAGAUGAUCAUUGCGCGACGUUUUUUUAUUGAUGUACGUAGGUAUUGGAGUUGUGCGUUAAAAAAAAGAAAGAAAAAUUUGAAAAAGAAAAGCAAAAAUCGCACCCGAAUAUCUUUUCAUUGCGAUGCGCGAGUCAGCGCUAAAUGAUGAUGAUGAUGAUGAUGAUGAUGAUGAUGAUGAUGAUGUGAUGAUAAUGAUAAUGAUAAUGAUAAUGAUGAUGAUGAUGGUGAUGAUGAUGAUAAUGAUGAUUUAUUGAUAAAUUAUUGAUAAAUUAUUGAUAAAUUAAUUCUUAAGAAAAGUUCGUAACACAGUUCGUAAAUCUUUCUAAAACUAUUAUAUGUAUAUUAUCGAGCAUUUCGAUUACAGAUGAAUUAAUAUUAUUCGCUCAAUUAUAAAUCUCGAGGAAAGGAAGGAUAAGAAGGAGUGUCCUUGAUAAUACGCGCACGAAGGAUGGAUUAUAAAUGAAAAAGAAAAAAUAGGGGGAAAAAAAAGAAGAAGAAAGAGAUCUUCGAUCAUUAUCUUCUCGCUCUCUCGAAAGAAAACAGAAAUAAAGAAUAGUCACGGACUAAUUAAUUUUCGCAUAAUGCUCUUAAUUUUCGAUUCUCGUUCGGAGAAAACAGUAACAAAGCCUUUCGAAAAUGUGUUAUUUGAAAUUAAGGAAAACAAAAUAAUCACUAGCACAUAAAAAAAGAACACACUAUUUACAUACACGACACUGUAAACACGUUAGAAUUACUCUCUAUUUCCCCCCCUCUCCCUCCCCUCUCCCUCCCCUUCUUUCUCCCUCCCCUCCUUUCCUCCAUCUUUGUCUUUCUCUCUAUAUUUUUCAAGCAAUGAUGAUUAACUAUCUUAUUCCAUAUGUAUUACAAUGUUAUUGCAACAAGCACAAGGUAGACCAUUUUUCAUUGUCGAUCUUCGUCUAAUCUUUAUGUAUCUCGAUCUUCUUUUUUUAAAUGCACACACACACAUAUUCACGAUGCUGUCUUGCCUUUAAGUUUUAUCUUGACUUGGAAUCAUAGUUCGUAAGGUAGGUUUGCCAUGUGCACUAAAAAAACAAAAAAAAAAGAAAAAAAAAAAGAAAAAAGAGAAAAAAGAGAAAAGGAAAAAAAAAGAAUAAUUAAAUAAUAAAAAAGAGAAAAGUACGAGAAGUGAUCGUUCUCUUUCCAUUGUCUGUAUGAAAAAAAAAAUAAAGUAGAGGAAUAAUAAUUUAAAAAAAGAAGAAUAAAAAAACGGAAAAGAAAUAGUUAUAACAGAACAAUUCAUAUCGGACGAUCGAGUAUCCGUUAUCAUAGACAAAAUUUUACUUACCAUAGUAGUGCCAUAACGAAACGAUUAUAUACUUCGAACGCGUUUAUAGUUGUUGGUUGUACAUAGAUACAUAUACGUAUCGUACAAAAUUUUCUCAGCGAAAUAGUUUUUUGUUUUAACACUGUAGGUUAUUUCAACACCGCCAUUAUUUUUUAGCGCACAAAUAUAUCAAGAUUUAUUUAACCCUCUAUAACGCACUGUGAUCAUGUGUCUGUAUUGUAUUCUUUUUUCUUUCUUCUCUUUCUUUUUUUGUAUUCUCAGAUCUUAUUUUACAAUUAUUAAACUGUUUGUAAAACUAAUUAUUAAACUGUUGUAACAGACGAAAAUGCAACGAAAGAUUUCCUUACUAAUGAAAUAUGCAAUUAUUAACAUUGACAUCGAUCAUUUAUAUGUAUACAAUAUUAAACGUUUGCCAACGGUGCUCUUAAAUAAUUUACAUUCUAAUUAGUUAUAGAGGGUUAAAGUAAUAUAUUGAACUGAUCCAUCCAUCGUUGUUGUGUUGUAUCACCAUGCUCGAUCAAUCGACAAUGAAUAAUUUUUUAUUAUGCAAUUGUGCGUGAUCUCGAGGACUCGGAUAGAUUUAUGCAUAUGAUAAACAAAAUGGAGAACAAAAUAAGAAAAAGAGAAAUAGUCGUCUCUAAGGCUUCCUGCAUAAGAACUCUUAUCUCAUUAUGUUUCUCAGCUAUAUUGUAUUCUAUUUUUUCUUAUUUAAUUAUAUAACCAUCGGUCAGUCUUAUCGAUAUGUAAAUGAAAAAGAACGUUAUGCAAUUCCGAUGUCGACAGAGCCUAUGAAUAUUUUUGCUUCGAAUAUUAUAUAUAUAUACAUAUAUAUACAUAUAUAUAUAUAUAUAUAUAUAUAUAUAUAUAUAUAUAUAUAUGUAUAUAUAUAAACGAAGAAAUUUGAAAAGAAAAAUGUAUCCUAGUUCCAAGAGAUAUUUACUGUCGACGAUUAUUAACUCUCAAUGUAGAAGUUUAUUAACCGAUGAAAGAUUAUCGUCCACUUCCACGGGAAUCUAUUAACAAGAUAUAUAUAAAUAUAAAUAUAAAUAUAUAUAUAUAUAUAUAUAUAUAUAUAUAUAUAUACAUGUAUGUAUUAAAAAAAAAUGCUAUUGUAAUAUAAUUAAGUCUAAAACACGAUUAUACGUAUUAUCUGACCAUACUUGGCGAAUGCAUAUAGAUAUGUAAAGAAAAAAAGAGAAAGAAAUACACAGAUACACGCGCAUACAUACACGUAUACAUAUACUUUCGCAUGUACUUAAAAACAAAAAAAAAGAUUGUGAAAGAUUUCGUUAAUGCUUUCGAACGGAUUUAUUUGAAAUGUAUCAAAUAUAUUGGCGAUACUUAAACUAUGAAAAACAAAUGGGAAAGGGAGGUGUGCGAGAUACUGAUUCGAAGGAAAAUACAAAAAAUUUAUAAAUUUAAGGAAAAAUGAAAGAAACAAAAAAAUAUAUAAAUAAACGAAAACGUUCAAAGCAUACGAACGAAGCUCGAAUUCGAUAUUAAUAUUGGAAACAGUAUUUUGCGUGCUUACUAAUCGCAUUAGAUAUAAAUAAUUCGCGAAAGCAUUUUUAUGUUUGAUUUAUCAAAAAUUACAACAUAUAUCUUGUAUAUUCUUAAAACCAAGGGGAAGAGAUAAGAAACAAAAAAUUAAAAUAAAAAUAACAAUAAUAAAAUAAAACGGGGGGACAAAGGAGAUCGAAAUAAUUAUUAUAUUCUCCAUGUUUAAAGAUUUAAUAUUUAUCGUCAUCGAAUCGGAAUAUCGCACGAGAAUGACUUUUCUGAUUUUCUCUCUCUUUCUCUCUCCCUCUCUCGUCUCCUCUUUCUCUUUCUCUUUCGACAAUCUUACGAUUGUCGACAAAAAUUAAUAGAUGUUAUCUUUAAGAGUGUCAUUUGAAAAUGAUAAGAUCAAAAGAAAGAAAUAAAAAAGAGAGAAGAGUACACAUUAUUAAUAUGAUAUUAUAUUACUCACCUCGAUAUUCCGUGUUGGUACAUACAUACAGGACGAAUCAGAAAAAUGUAAACGCAGCUAUUGUUGACUGAUAGAACAGUGAGUUUUAAAAGGCAUCGUAGAAAUGUCUUGUUUUUUUCUGUGGAUUACAAUAAACUAUUUUAUUCUAA